ACCGCAUAGGAAUUCCUCAAAAACUCAAACAACAUUCAUCAUAAGUGGCAUUGAAACAGCCAACUGGUCAACCUCUCCAGCUUGGUCAAACAUGUUCUAUUUGGUCAAAUGGUUUUCCUAUCUCUCUCUCUCUCUCUAUAUAUAUAUAUAUGUGUUAUAUGUGUGUAUAUGUAUCUCACCUGCUGCCAACCAACACGUACUAACCAUAAAACUGCCAAAGGAAAACACAGAAAAUCUAAUCAACCCACCAAAAAAAAAAUUAUUAAAAAUUAUUCAAGUGCUGUUUCUGAUAUUAUGGCUUCAUUGCAAGCUUCAAGAUUGUUGCUUUCGUCUUCUUGUCCUUCCACGAGGAUGAGAGCUGCUUUCUCCGUUCCUAUAUUGUCUAAACUUAGCGUCUCGGUUCCGAAAAUACCGACCAUGAAUCAGAAUCUGGUCAAGGAAUCGAGAUUCGAGUUGGACGAGCUCACGGCUGUUCUUCCGUUGGUCCAGAAACCGGGGAGAGCCUCUGAUUCUGUCCAAAGGUCGCGCCUUUACGCGGUGCUGGAGGAAGUUAUAGACAGGAUAGAGAUGCACAGAAACAUCGGAGAGCAACGCAACAACUGGAACUCCCUCAUGCUCGGUUCCAUCAACACCAUCACUCUGACAGGCGCUUUAAUGGCGGGAAUGGCGUCCGGCGGAGGAGGAGAUUCUGUCAUGGCCAUGAAAAUGGCUUCGACGGUUUUGUUGGCCUCGGCUACGAGUAUGGUCGCCAUGAUGAACAAGAUUCAGCCAUCUCAGCUGGUGGAAGAACAGCGUAACGCCACGAGGCUUUUCACUCAGCUCAGAUUCAGAAUCGAGAGCGUUCUGAUGAGAGAAGAGACAGAAGUUGGAGAAGAUGAAGUGAAGGAAGCGAUGGAGAGAGUGCUGUGUAUAGACAGAGCUUACCCUCUUCCCCUCCUCGGAGCAAUGCUCGAGAAAUUCCCGAAAGAGUUCAAACCCUCCAUCUGGUGGCCUCAAAACAAUCGAAAAAAGGCCCAAACCCGCUCUGUAAAUCGAUCAAAGAUAGAAAAUGGAUGGAGUAAAGAGCUGGAGAUGGAGAUGGAAGAGGUGAUGGAGGUGGUGAAGAGGAGAGAUUCGGAGGAAUACAAGAACCUUGGUGACAAAGCGUUGAGGCUAAACCGGGUCUUGGCCAUGUCCGGACCGGUUUUGACCGGAGUUUCCGCCAUAGCCUCAGCUUUUAUCGGUCACGGUUCGUGUUGGGCAGGAGUUGCAGCCACGACGUUAGCUGCGUUAGGAUCGGCGGUGAACGCGUUAGAGCAUGGUGGCCAAGUGGGGAUGGUGUUUGAGAUGUACAGAAACAGUGCCGGAUUCUUUUCUGAGCUGGAAGAUUCGAUCAGAUCCACCAUCGGAGAAUCUGAAACGGGGAAGAGAGAGAACGGCGAAGUGUUCGAGACGAAGAUCGCGUUGAAGCUCGGGAGGAGCUUGUCUGAGCUGAGAGAUCUCGCGAGAAAAUCGGGUUCCUCUCGUGUUGAAGGAUCCGCCAUUGAUGAGUUCGCGAGCAAGCUUUUCUAGUGACAACAACGUAUAACAGGAGAGAGAGAGACAACAACGUUAAAUCUGUACAUGAUUCAUUCAUUCUUUGAUAGAUCAUAUUCGUG